ACAUGUAAGAACUUGAGAUUAAAAAAACCUACAAAUAAAAUAAAUAAAAUUCAAAUUAAGGUUUAAGUUCCGGUCAUCUCCCACGGCUCAACUACCGAUAAAAAGAAGCGUCACGGCGAAGUAAGAAAAGUUACGGUGGCGAUUCUGUGAAAAAUGAAAUCAAUAAUCGACAAAGAACCCCCUCCAGAUUUGUUCCCUUCCAAGCACGAAUUUCCCAGACUCGUCGCUGUGCUUGCCGUCGCAUCGCUAGUUGCUUGGACCUCCAAUCUCAUUUACACCUCCCUCCUCUAUCCAUCUACGAAACCCUUCUGCGACACCAACGUCAAUUCUCUUGAUUACUUUCCCGAUAGUUGUGAACCUUGUCCAAGUAAUGGAGAGUGCAGUGAUGGAAAAUUGGAGUGUAUCAGUGGGUACCAAAAGCAUGGGAACUUGUGUGUAGAAGAUGGAGAUAUCAAUGAAUCAGCUCAAAAAAUUGUGGAGACAGUGGAGCGUCACCUAUGUAGAGAAUAUGCUCAAUUUUUGUGCUCUGGAGCUGGAUCAGUUUGGGUUCGUGAUGAUGAGUUGUGGAAUAAUUUUGUGUCAGUGGGAAAUGUCAAAGAGGGCAAUGCACUUUAUAGUUAUACAAAACAAAGGGCAUUUGAUACAAUGGAUAAAUUAUUGGAGAUGAGAUUAAGCUCUCAGGGAAUGAAGGAAUUCAAGUGUCCGGAUUUGCUUGCAGAGCAUUACAAGCCAUAUGCCUGCCGCAUUCGCCAGUGGAUCACUCAGCAUAUUCUUGUUGUUUUGCCAAUUUGUGCAAUGCUUGUAGGAUGCAUAAUUUUGUUCUGGAAUAUUCGUCGAAAACUACGCGUGUCGAGACGAGUUGAGGAGCUUUAUAGCAAGGUCUGCGAAGUUCUUGAAGAGAAUGCAUUGACAUCAAAAAGUGUAAAUGGUGAGUGUGAACCCUGGGUUGUUGCUUCUCGGUUACGCGAUCACCUGCUUUUACCAAGAGAAAGGAAGGACCCUUUAUUAUGGAAAAAGGUAGAAGAAUUGGUUCAAGAAGAUUCUCGUGUAGACCGCUAUCCAAAGUUGGUGAAGGGUGAAUCAAAAGUGGUAUGGGAAUGGCAAGUUGAAGGUUCUCUGAGCGCCUCAAAGAUAUUGACUAAAAGAGGUGCAAACAAAACUAAGGUCAAUGGAAACAUAGACCUGAAUUAUCAACAACGUCCUACAGUGAAAGCAGAACUCAUGGAACCACAUUUUUGAUACAGAAACUUCUUUGAAUAGUGAUCCUUAUAAAUUAUGAUGGUGGCUGAAGCUUAGUCUAAUGAUGUUUGUGUAAAAAAGGUCGGGUGAGAAUGUAGAAUAUGUAUUGUAUACAUUUGCAGUUGCACGGAGCAAUCGUGGGAGUGUGACCUGCAUUUGAUCAAUCAUCAGUGUAAAAAAAUGUAGAUUCAUAGGGAGAAACAUCACGUCCUUGAAACUUUUUAUGUUCUAGGACCGUGGAUCUUGAAUGACAGUAAACAAACUGGUUAUGUAAUAUGAGACUCCAUUCAAGUCACAUAUAUAUUAAGUGUGCAACAGAUUUAAAAUUA